GCAUGGCAGGGUGUGUCCUAUGCCUACAUACUUUUGCUAAUAAGUGUUCAAAAGUAGUGAGCAGGGGCGGCCUGACCAUUGGGGAACUCGGGCAAUGCCUGAGGGCCCGGGGUCAGUAGGGGGCCCCAUGAGAUGUCCCUGGUACCUUUCAUAGGCUUUUUUGGGUGUGGUUUGAGUGUGGGUGAGGACACAGGGGCCCCAUGAUCCCCUAUUGCCCGGGGCCCCAUGAGUUGUCAGUCCACACCUGGUAGUGAGUUCUCUGUUUGGCAGCUAGGGGACUCCCUUUGCCCUUUAGAACAGUUUGUUACUUUAUGGAGUACAUGGAGUUGCAUGAAGCUCAGUGGAAGACUGAUUUUUCCUCUACGCUGGGCUUCAGCGGCCACCAUG